AUUGAUUUUUGAGCUAUACACACACACAUCUGAUAUUAUUAUACUGCGUUUUCGGCGAUCGCAACUGACUUUCGUUUCGCGUUCCUUUCAAUAAGAUAUCGUAUUUUUUCCAAUCUCAGGCCCCGACACUUCCGAAACGAAGUACCUAUUCACUGUGAAAAAUGGCUCUCACCGAAGAACCAUUAAGUUACCGCGCUACAACUAACCGCUCCGAAGUAUUUGGCCUUUCAAGUUUAAAUCUCCAGCCAUACGAAACUAACCCAAAUGCUAAGGAAAACAUGGAAGAAAUGUAUCACACGCUUGUGUUGAAGGUCAAUUCAAUAAACGGUGGACCCGAAGAAAAAAAAUUAAACUCAAGUCUGGCGGCUGCGUGCUAUCAGUUAGGACGAAUGUACUACGACAUUGAAGACGAUCCAGCAAUGGCUGAGUCUAUGUUCAUCAAAGCAAAGAACACUGUCAAAGAUCACGAAUCGGAAUCUGACAACAUACUAAGCGUCAUCAACUCCCUUAAUAUGCUAGCUUACAUUAUGGAAAAGGAUAACGAAAAUCACGAGGAAGCUUUGAAAUACUUACAUGAGGCAGAAAGUGUGUACCAAAAGUACAACGAGGAGAUUUUGGGACCGGCCACGACCGCCUCUAAGUUGCUUUCGAAUUGUCCGAAAAGACGCAUGAUCACGAGCAAGAAUCCUCUGAUAAGUGCACGACUGUUUACGCUAUUCUAUAUCGUCGAGGUGUACAAAAACCUAGGCAUGGUCUCCGACGGACUUAUCUCCACACAUCUUACACUCAAACUUCAGCUGGAAAACAAUUUGUACCUGCAAAGUCCUCUAGAUUGGGCCCUGUCUUCUGCACUAGUUGCGAAUUUGCUUAUCGACCAGAACGCCUACAAACAGGCCAGACAUCAUUUAGCGGCAGCAUCUACGUUCAUGGAGAAGAUUAUACCUAACAAAUACGUCAAUUUAUACAAUUCAGAAACUUACAAACAAUAUUCAGCAGACAUUGCGCGUUGUUGGGUCAGAUACGGAUUGAGAUUACUGAAGAAGUCCAAAACCAGAUUGUUGAAGCAGAAAACGCAUAGACCAUCGCCUGCGAUCUAUAAUAAUUUAUUUUUCAAGAAUUUCAACAUGUGGAACGAAGAACGUGUGACACAGUACUACGUGAAUAAUUAUGAGGACGCCCAAACGUUGGCUAACAGCAUACUGGCAAACCUGAAUGCUACGAAAAAGUAUUAUUCGUUUGAAAAGAUGGCCAGUUACUACUCGGAUUUGUGCAUGGACACAUGCGUCGUGUACAAACUAUUGACUUACUUUCAAGACAACCCAGACAAGAUGGGAAAGCUUUUCAAAAAAGGAAUCGUGGACUUGGAGUUAGUGGCCAAUAGACUCAACGAGGAGAACUGCAUGAACAUUUGCAGACGCAUCUGGUACGAAUUGGGAACAGUGUACAGCGAUAUGAUGGAUAUCAAGUACGAGAGACACGUCAAGAAUAAACUGGUGCUCACUGACAUCGCGAUGAAGAAGAUCAAUCGUUACUCGAUGUCGGCCAUUAAAUAUUAUUUGAGAUUUAUCGAAUCGUUUUAUGUGCAAAGAAAGUUACCAGAACGCUUGAGUGACCAGUAUGUAAAACCAGUGUUGUUGGCUCAUAUGCACAUGGCUAGAUGCAAUAGCAGAAAGAUUGUAAAUCAAAAGAAUGUUAAAUUGGAGAUUUUGUUUCAGUGCAAACAAUACUACCAGACUGUUGUGGAUUACUGCCUGAAAGAUCCUAGAGUGGAAACUAUGAUGCCGGUCGAGAUGUCAACUUGCAAAGGAUUAUUGCAGUCGAUUCCAUCAAGGGUAGAUCAAUUGCUCAAGACCAAAGGCCCAGUAAAAUAUUAUAUUUAAUAUUCUAAGCCGAAUAACGAAUCAAGUGACUAUAAUAGUAAGAUCUUUAUUUUAUAUAACAUAUAAAUGCCAUUUCCCUACUCUCAAACAGUCAAUAUUAUGUAUUUUUUUUAUUUUAUAUACAAUUGAUUAUUUAAGUUUUUAUUUGAUACAAAUCUAAAUAAGUGUUUAUUAAAAUCUUGCGAAGAUUGAGAAGUUAUUGAAUCUUCUAAGGAACAAUAAACUCAAUACAUUUAUUGAUAUUACUCAAGAUUAAUUUUUACCGUUUUAAAAUAAUGUUUAUUGUUUGUUAUCUUGCUGUUUAUUAUAAUCCAUGGCGUAGCUUUAAAAUCUGGGCUUAUUAUUGAAAUUUUCAGAGGCUCCUUUUUAUAAGGAUAGCCAAGUAUACCUAUACGGAGGGUGCUGUGAGAUUAAAGGGUUUUUAAGUAUAAAUGUUGAUAUUUCGGUAAUAGGUGGGUAGGUAGGUACUUGGUCUUUUAAAAAAAAUCUGAAUCCACGAGUCUUCUAAUCUGUGUCUUCCGUCUUGAACUAUAGGCCAAUCUCUAUCAAAUCUCACAUUUAUAAAGAGUGUGCCUAUAUCUAAUUUGUGCCAAAAACAACCAAUAAUAAAAAUAUAUGUCCCUAUAACUUAUGUAAUUUGUGUCACUUUUCAAGGUUGUUUUUUGUACCACAUAAGACUAUAUAAAAUGUUAAAUGGCAUUAUGUAAUUUGCGCUAUCUGGAGACUGGAAGUCUUGUACCUACAAAAAUUGGAAUUUGCACGUUGCGACAUUAUUCACCUUAUUUAAAUAAAUUGUAAUUUGUGCCUGGACUUUAAAAUAAUCAAACAAUUUUUUUUAAACGGAUUUACAUAUUGUGUAUUUUUUUUAUCAUUGAUC